AUGACUUCGCCAGCUGUUACCGUCCGCGCACAUGGCGAUCACAACUCGACUCAGCUCGUGGGUUGGACUCUAGAGUCACCUGGUCGUGGAACCCUCAGCCUCGCCUUCACUUGUCUAGCCACCACUGCACUCUGUACCUGGGUAUGCAUACAUCCUCGCAUAGACCAAAGGGAGCGGUUCCGACUUCCACACAAGAUUGUUUUGUUCAUCAAAGCUUUCAUCGCUCCGGAGCUCAUUACAGUGGAAGCGGCUCAGGAAUGGACUCAAGCACGCCGGAUCGUGCGACAGGUCCGCGAUAUGCUUGGAGACGACUUUCAGUAUAUUCACGCAUUCUACAUAGGGAUGUUCGGCAUACGAUACCGUACUGAUUGUGGAACUAAGAUCUUGUGGCCCAACCAAUUUAUCUGGCUAGUUGAGCAAGGUCUGUUUGACUGGCAAGACCGGCAAGCAUGGGGUCUCAUACGGGACACCAUUAAGGACAAGAGCAAUGCAGAUGCUACAGCAAAGCUGUUCGCCCUACUCCAGUCUGUCUGGUUUGUGGCGCAGUCGAUCAUGCGGGAGGCACAUAAUCUCCCACUGGCACCUCUGGAGUCCAUGACGCUUGGUUAUAUACCACUUUCCGUGGUGACCUACAUUUACUGGUGGUUGAAGCCGAAGAACAUCGAGACUCCAUCAGAGAUAGACCUUCCGCACAUGACGAUCGAGCAGCGUGCGGAAUUCGACUCGAUGAUCAUCACAUCCAGUUUCGAUAACGAAGGCAAAAAGGAACAGCAGUCGUUGUGGCAGAUCUGGUACUUGACACCACGAAUCUUCGAGCUUGAAGUGAAAGAGAAAGCCGCCCAGAAGGCCUUGACAGAGUACAAUGAAAAGCGAAUAGCAUAUCUUCGGCAUGAGUCUUCUUGUCUGCAUAAGGGCUGCAAAGAGUGCAAACGACUCCGACCCGGAACGAUCAAGCCGAAGCAUGAGGUCGUACUGUCUCACUGGGAUCCAGAGCUCUAUCACUCCAAGCUCUGGCCAGUGACCUGCCUUUUCGGCAUCUCGUUCGGUGCACUGCACUUGGUAUCAUGGAACACUACGUUUCCAACUGCCAUCGAAGCAUGGCUCUGGCGAGGUGCUGCAAUCACCUCAAUGGUGAGCAUGCUGCUUUUCAUGCAAUUUGAGAAGGUAGUGGUACGUUGGUCAGAUCCUCUUAUGCUUGUCAAAAUAUGCUCGCCGUUGCUCUAUCUUGCGAGCAGGGUUGUGAUGCUUGGUGGCGCGAUUGCUGCUUUUCGAGCUUCUGAUCCUCGAUUGUAUGACACAUAUGUUGCAUCUACGUACUGGGUACAUCUGAUCUAA